UUGGCAAGCAUCGCUUCCUUUAUCAGGAAGUUUAACGAGCUAUGCGCUCAGUUGAUGUUCUGCGCACAACUAGUGCAGAGUGAUUAGGAAGCAGUCUGUAGAGUAACGAUGAAGAGAAAAGUCUUAGUUUUGGCGAUUCUAGCAACAAGUUUGCUGACGGUGACCUGUGCAAGAGACCUUGAGAAGGCGGUACCGGAGGAUCCUUGCCAAUCGGCCAGCUCGUCCGGUGUGUUCAAAAUCAAGCAAUUAAAUCGAGAUGUUUACUGCGAAAUGAAUACGACAUUUGGCGGCGGUUGGAUGGUGCUUCAGCAGCGAAGUUACUACUACGACGAAGAAUCCUUUAAUCGCAGUUGGACGGAAUACCGGGCGGGAUUUGGCACCGUUGGGAAAGACACGGAAUUCUGGCUUGGCCUCGAGCCCAUUCAUCAGCUUACAAAAAGUGGAGAUUAUGAACUGGUUGUUGAGGUGAAGGAUGUCAACGAUAAAAACUACGCAUUUGCACGAUAUUCACGAAUUCACGUUGCCAGCGAAAGUGACAAGUACCGGCUUGCGGUUGGGGAUUACUCGGGAACUGCUGGCGAUGGAUUGAACCAAGAGGCCAAUCAUAUGCAAUUUACGACAUUCGACAGUGACAACGACAACUACGAGGACAACUGUGCAAAGGAUGUCUGGACUGGUGGCUGGUGGUUUAAUCAUUGCGGAAACAGCGUCCAGAAUGCCCUCUCACCACAUUGGAAUAAAAUGGGCAAAUAUUACAGCAGGAUGAUGAUCCAUCGCAAAUUAUAAGACAUUCGAAAUGUUUUUCGCAAAUAAACUUUUCUUCAUUUUUA